GUCGCCGGUCUCCGCAGGGUCUGCUCCUCAGUCCUUAGUUUUUCCGAUGACGAACCUUCUCUCUCCUUCUCAGUCGCCGGUCUCAGCAAAUGCGAAUGCUUUAUAGCUCUAUUUGAUCCAGUGAUCCUGCGAGAAACUUUUCUAUUACCGCAGCUACGAGAUCUUUUUCUAAGAUGGGUAUCAGUCCCCGAUCUAGGGUUUCUGCGCUAUGGCUGAUCCCCAUGUUCUAUUUGGCCUUCGGCGGUCUCUCAUAUUCCGUGGAAGGUCACCGUCCUAAGAACGUUCAAGUCUCUCUGCGGGCUAACUGGCCCGGAACUUCACUGUUGUUGGAAGCAGGGGAGUUGCUCUCUAAAGAAUGGAAAGAUUUGUUUUGGGAAUUCACUGAACUGUGGCUGCAACCAGACAGAGCUUCAAACUGUUCAACAGCUCGAUGCUGCCUGGAUAUUAUUCUAAAUGAUGGACAAUCGUUUUUAAGUAAUCGUUUAGGAUCAAUUUUUGAAUUUUCUCUUACUCUUCGGUCAGCAUCCCCAAGGCUGGCUUUAUACAGGCAACUGGCAGAGGAUUCGCUAUCUUCUUUUCCAGUUGAUGAAGAAGUUAACUCUACAACAAUAGGGCUUACUUCAGAUGGUGAUCACUCUCGCUCAACACGUUUGGUGAAAUCUGGACGGAGUUGUUGCUGGGUAGAUACUGGUAGUGUGUUGUUGUUUAAUGUUCCUGAACUUCUUUCAUGGCUUGAUACAUCACUUGAUCUUGAAGCAGACUCUCUGGAGGAGCCAGAACUUUUUGACUUUGAUCAUAUAUAUUUUGGUUCACUUAUCAGCAACAAAGUUGCGAUUCUAUAUGGAGCUGUAGGGAUGAAAUGCUUCCAAGAAUUUCAUGUUGUUCUGGCGGAAGCAUCAAAGAAGGGGAAAAUUAAAUAUGUUGCCAGGCCUGUGUUACUUUCCGGGUGCCAAGCUGUAGCCAAUAGCUAUUGCUCUUUUGUUGGUGCUUCGGAUGCAGUAAACUUGGGCGGUUACGGAGUGGAACUUGCUUUAAAGAAUAUGGAGUACAAGGCUAUGGAUGAUAGUGCUAUAAAGAAAGGUGUUACUUUAGAAGACCCAAAGACGGAGGAUCUAAGCCAAGAAAUCAGAGGAUUUAUAUUCUCCAAAAUCUUGGAACGCAAACCAGAUUUGACUGGCGACAUUAUGGCUUUCCGAGAUUUCUUAUUAUCAUCAACUAUAUCAGACACUCUUGAAGUUUGGGAGCUGAAAGAUCUGGGCCAUCAAACUGCUCAAAGAAUUGUGCAUGCAUUGGAUCCCUUGCAGGCAAUGCAGGAAAUCAACCAGAAUUUUCCAAGCAUUGUUUCCUUGUUGUCUCAAAUGAAACUUAAUGAUUCCAUUAAGGAAGAAAUUAUCACAAACCAGAGAAUGGUUCCUGCUGGCAAGUCCUUGAUGGCUCUUAAUGGUGCUCUAAUUAACAUCGAAGAAGUUGAUCUUUACCAGUUAAUGGAUAUGGUUCAUGAGGAGCUAUCAUUGGCUGAUCAGUUUUCUAUACUGAAGCUUCCACAAAAUGCAAUACUAAAAUUGUUGUCUGCUCCACCACCUUCUGGAUCCAAUGUCUUUCGCAUUGAUUUUCGCUCGACUUAUGUUCACUAUCUCAAUAACUUGGAGGAAGAUGCUAUGUACAGGCGCUGGCGAAGUAAUAUAAAUGAGAUCUUGAUGCCAGUGUUCCCUGGCCAGCUCCGGUACAUCCGUAAAAAUCUAUUUCAUGCUGUUUAUGUGAUUGAUCCUGUGACAACUUGUGGAGCCGAGAUAAUCAAUAUGGUUCUAUCUAUGUACCAAAAUAGUGUACCGAUGAGAUUUGGGGUUAUACUCUAUUCUUCAAAAUUGAUAAAGCAUAUUGAAGAGAGUAAAAGCCGUCUUCCGAUAGUUGCAAAAAAUGACGACUUCAAUGAAUGGGACGACAUUUCUAGUUUGAUAAUAAGACUUUUUCUUUAUAUCAAGGAGAGCUUUGGCAGUCAGACGGCUUUUCAAUAUCUUUACAAUGUAUGCAAAAUAAAAGACGCGACCGAUGUUCUUGAUGAGGAGGCCGUUCAGGUUCAUCAGGUUGAGGAAGCAUUUAUAGAAACGGUGUUAGCCAAGACCAAAUCUCCUCCCCAAGAUUUGCUUCUAAAAAUUGAAAAAGAACCUAAAUAUAAGGAGGAGGCCGAAGGGACCACCCAUUUUGUUUACAAGCUUGGAUUAUCUAAGCUUCAGUGCUGUCUAUUGCUAAAUGGUCUUGUACAUGAGCCAAGCUCCGGUUGGACAAAGGAAACUUAUACACAAAGGAAGAGGGUGGGAGGGCAAGAAGAAUCCCUUCCUAAACGAAGACACGUGAGGCGCCUUCCGGGAUCGCGAAAGUUUGCGAUCCCCCCAACUUACGAGCUGGAUCUCCUACUAUCGCGGUCCUUUGCGUGGUUCCCGCAGGCAUGA